CUUUGGAGCGAUAAGUUGGAAGACCUGCAGGAGAGACGAACACAGCAGGGCUGCGUGGGAAUCGAACACGCGCACUAAACGCCACAGCGACACACGCCUUACACGUCCGGACCGCAGCUCACCUCUUCACUCCAACCAUGAAGUCUCCUAAACUGGCGCGCCAAGCCAAGCUAAUGGACGUGGACGACCUGGACGACGUGUUGUGCGAGUUCGAUGCCGUGAUCGAGGACUUCACGUCGCCGCUGGAGAAGCGCCACUUUCGCUACGACGAGCACCUGAGGACGGUGAAGAGGCGGAGCAGCGCCUGCGUCAGCGACAGCGGCAUCAGCGACACGGACAGCGCAGACUCGUUAAACCGAAACAGCUUCAGUCUGAGUGACGAGAGGCUCCACUCCCCCACCGCGCCAUCCCCGAUGCCCACCUCGCCCACGCUGAUGUCACCAAAACCCAAACUGGGCGACACCAAAGACCUGGAGGACUUCAUCGCAGACUUGGACAAGACUUUAGAGAGCAUGUGACAUGGGGACUGGCAGCCAUCUUGGACCCCCCCCCCCCCCCCCCCCCACGUUGUCCUGGAGUCUAGUCCACGCUCUAGUCCACUGGCUCCACGCCACCUGGCGCAUCGCAGAGACCGGACUGUUAGCCACACUGGAAUAUUAUAAUUAUUAUGCUAUUAUUAUUAUGAUACUGUAUUUGUUAUUAUUGCCACAAAUCAGAUCAGCUUAGAAUCUCUCACAAAAAAAUGUUGUUUUUGUAAAAGGAAUAUAUUUGUAAUUUUAUAGAGCUUGAUAUUGUAAAUGUAUUGGUCUUUUUUGUGAAAUAUAUUUUUGUACCAGAUGUAAAUAUUAAUUAUUGAAAUGGUCACAAAAUGUUGGUGAAAAAUACAAAGAAAUGUAUGGAAAGCAAUAUUAUGACAGCUAACAUCUGCCUGGCAUCACAUUAAA